GUCUGUGAUUUUGGCAUUUCCGGUGAACUAACCAACUCCCUGGCUAAGAGCAACAUCGGCACCCAUAACUACCUUGCCCCGGAGCGCAUCGAUCCGCUGCAGGGCACGCAGGGCUUCCGCAUCCAGUCCGACGUCUGGUCCUUGGGCCUGACCCUGCUCGAGCUGGCCACUGGCGAAUUCCCCUACGGCAACUUUCCCAAUGUCUUCAGCCAACUGCAGCAGGUGAGUGACUGA